AUGGAUCAAAGCGAUGAAUUUAACAUGGAAGGAGGUGGAUACCCACAAAAUUUUUCAGGGAAUCCAAUGGGAAUGGGAAUGUUUCCACCACCUGAAAUGGGAGGCCCCAUAGGACCACCACCGAAUUUUUUCAUGUCAAACCCUGAUAUGCCACCAACAGGUCCAAUGGGUUUCGAUCCAUCAUAUAGAGGUCAACCUAUGCGAAAUAUGAUGCGUCCGGGAGGAAUUCCUGGUAACAUUCCAGGUGGGAUGCCAGGGAUGCCGGGGAUGCCGGGGAUGGCAAGGGGCAUGCCUCCUAACAUGCAAGGCGGUAUUCCCGGUGGGAUGCCUAUGCCUAGAGGUAUGCCUGGAAUUCCUGGAGGAAUCCCUGGAGGGAUGGUCGGACGAGGUCGUGGAAUGCCAAUGGAAGAAAGACCAUACUUUUCAAUGGAUGAACCAACAUGGGAAAUGGAAAAUCGCAACUCUCCGUCUUUUCGUCCUGGACAUGGUGGAUUUCAAGGUAGACCACCGACUGGACCAAUGUUAGGUCCGAGUGGAAAUAGACCAGAUUGGGAACAUUCUCCACCUCCAGAUGCACCAUUUGCACAUAGGAUGCGACCACCUUUCCGUCCUCCUACUGGACCAGCUGGUUCCUCAGUAAAUAGUCCAAGUUCAGAUAGAGAAGAGGAAAGAGGUGGCGAUAGAAGCGCAUCAGGAAGUGUUGAAAGAUCACAUGGAUUUACACGGAGGGAAGAUGAAAGAUGGGAUGGAUCGCGAAAAAGAACUACAGGAGAUGCUCCACGUGAUGACGACGAAAAUAGAAAACGACGACAUUAA